CAGCACUCAGCGGUGACUCAGCGCUCAUUUAGUGUUUGUUUACGUGGUUUACCUGUUUUAGGCUAGACUAUUUUUCUUUAUUUUCUUGAAAACGGUGCAUACUGCAUUUCCUUGUAAUAAUUGUGGUAUCAUUAUAGUCGUGGACUAAAGCUCUAUCAACUACAAUAUUUUUUAUCUACAAAAUCGUGCUACGGGAUACUAAGUCCAAAGUCCAAACCCAUAUUCGUAUUUUUUAUUCUUUAAUUCUUCUUCAAUAUUGUAAUAACUAGUAUUUACUGUUUUGGUUUGAGCUGAUGGUCUUGUUACGAAUGUGUGUCGAAUAGUUUUGUUGAACCCGUUGUACAUAUUUGAGUUAAUAGUAUCUGUAUUUUGUAGUAAAUAAUCUGUCAGGUUGGCUCUUUAUUGCAAAAUUUUCUAUUUGUAAUCCAUCAAGCAAUGGUUGUUUUAUCUUUAAUUAAGAAAUAUAAGCCUGCAAUUAUUAGUCUUCAUAGACGAAUCAGUCGAACAAUAAUGUAGGUACAAAGUCAUUGACAGUAUAAAAACAAUGGAAAAGAAAAUAUAAAAUGUACUCUUUACUUUUAAUUUUUAAAGUAAAGGAAACACUCCUUAACCCCAACUGAAACAGAAAGGUGGUAUAAUGUUUGUAUCUUUGUGUCUCUCUGGUGCUUAAACUGUUUGGGUCAGUCUUGUGUUUUUGUUUACUUGGAGAGUGUUCUUAAGUCUGACAUGGAAAUUUGUUAAGCCUUUUAAAGAUUUGCUGGAAUUUGCAGGAUAGUCUUGUUGGGCUCAUUUGAUUGGCCUUAUUAAUUGAUGGAGUUAGAGAGAUAAGCAAGAACAGGUUUGUCUCAGGAGUUGGAAACAACAACAACAAUAAUUGAUCCUUACUGUCAAAAAUCUGGUUAUGAAUUUAGUUUGGACGGAGAUCAAAUCAUUGGUUUUUAUUGUUUUAGCAGUUGCGUCUGUUCUUGGAUCAUAGUUAUGAGGUAGAGUUUGCUUUUAGUUUUAUUACAUCUUGAAAAAUUAAGAGGAUGAUAGGAUAGGUAAUAUGUUAUAAUAGUGAAAUAAGAUUAAAAAUAUAGUUUUAUUUAUUUCCACUUUUCCAGUUUGAAUUCUAUAAAAACAAAGGAUUUGCCUUUUUCGGAACUAUGUUUAUGAAUCAUCAGUUAUCACUGCACUUCCAGACAAGUACAAAGUAACUAGACUUAGACUUAGGUUCUACAUCAUCUUUUGUUAUAUUCCAAAUAAAAUUCACUAUGGAAAUGAGAUAUAAUAAUCAAUUUUUUUCUUAAAAAGCCCUUGUCAAAAUUUUUAAGCACAGGAUUGUAAACAAGGGGCAAAACGGAUGUCAGAAGCUGCAGAUGGCUGAAUUUAUUGGAUGGUCUCAUCUUAUUGAAAUGGAGUUGAAAUGAGGCGUAUAGUUGCAAAGUACUCUAAAACGAUUCUAGGAAAAAGAUGAGAAAGUUCUUUUUUUAUUUUAUUAUUUACUAUUCCAGAAUACAAUUUGUAUCUGUUAACAUUUUUACUGUAGAAAGCACGGCAACACUAAAGAAAAAAAUAAAAUCGUCAAUAUAGUCAUAAAAACUAAACAAAAAAGUCUGAUUAUAGCGGAUUUUGAAACUCAUCGUUCAUUAUAGUGUGAUUUGAAAUUGACUCGUUACGUUUUAGGGGACUUUGCAAGCAACAUAAAAUUAAACUUGGAUGGGUUUAUACAUCGUUCAUUGUGUAUAAUCAGGUUUAGGAUAGGUAACAGUGGUUAGUAUAAGCAUUAUAUUUAAUAAAGACAAGUGUGUACAUAAGAAAUUAACACUUUAUAUUAAAAUUAAUUUGACAAGACAUACAGGUAGUUACUGCUAAGUAUAAAAAAUUUAUUAUUUUAACAAAAUGCUUAAAAUAGAGUUAUAAACUUUGUAAUAAUACCCUGCAUAGUUGUUAUAAAAGAUUACACAUAACUAUUAUUUUCUGUAAAUCCAGAUUCACACAAGUCAGACAUAGUAGGACUUUCAACCAUAUUUUCCGGUUGUUCUUGUGCUCUUUCUUAAACUAUUUUAUAAAAAGUUAAUGUCUCCAAGGUUUCCCAAUUAUCACCGAAAUGCGUUUUUAAUAAUUUCAAAACAUUGUGUAAUUUGGCAGCAUUCGGGAUUAUUUUAUUAGGUUGAAUCAUAGUUUUUUUUUCCCUUUUUUGGUAAUUGUCAUUUUUGUGUUGUUUUCUGCCCGAUAGUUAACUUCUCCUUGCACUAAUACAUUUUCAGUCUUAGUCCGGGUAAUAAAUAUUCGUUUACACUUCAUGAAAGCAAAAUGCCAACUAGUAGUAGGCUUUAUAAUAUUCUGAUAACUAGUCUUCCAGUCAUAUACAGGAAUUGAUGCCAGAUCUGUACAUUGUGUAUGUUCUUGCAAUACGGACACAUAUUCAGUUGGUGAUGUUAUAACUUCCUUAGUUUUUAUGACCUUUUCAAUUUUAGCAAAAACCCUGUCUGGGGGAAUAAACGAGUGGCCAACAAUAGGGUAAAUUAUUUCUAUUCUUUUAAGUUGCCUUUGUGCUUCUAAGUAAAGCCAUUUACCGAGCAUUGAGAUCAUGCCGGUAUUCUUGUUCUGUCCAGAACACCCAUCAGAUAUUAUUCUUAACACCUUAAUAUUGUCCAUCAAAUUGUUAUUUUGCAGAAAGUUGUAAAAAGCACUAAUUAUUUCAUUACUGCUUUUUGCAUGGAUUGUACGUCCCAGUAAUAAGAAUAAACAUUACUUGGUGUCAAUUUUGCCUUCGAGUUCCCUGCUACAAUAGCAAAAUGGUAGAAACUAAAUCGUCUACUGUAAUAAGCAGACUGAUCUGGUAAUUUAGGAAGUGCCUGGUUCUUUUGACAAUCGACAGAUAUUUUCAAAAGCCUAUCAGCUUCUUCUUGAAGUUUGCUGUAGAAUGCUUUAUAUUUCAAUCUGUGAAUACGUUUCUCAAUAAUUAAUUGGUUAAAAUUGGUUGUUAAAGACAUUUCUAAAGAAAUGUUGUUUUACUUGCAAGUCUGGUUCACGAGAUUCAUUGUAUAUGCGCCACAUUUUACGUAUGUUGAGUUCUGCCGAAAGAUACACUAUGCAUAUUUUUGGAUCUACAUUAGUGACUCUUUUGGCCUUUAAAUGAUUCUAUGAACCACUGAACAGACAAUUUUUUAAAACACCCUGGAUCCGAUCUUUCUUAACUAACAGAGCCCCCAUAAAUGUUUUGUGACAUACUGGAACUUUAGCACCUUUAUCUCCUAAAAUGUAGUAUUUCAUUGCCUUUGUUCGUUUAUCAUUUUUCUUCCUUUUUGCUUCCUGUAUUGAACUAAAUUUCAAAAUAAAAUUAUCUUGAGUAACUUUGUUGGAACAUAGGUAAAAUUUUUCGUAAAAUUUUCUAAUCAUCUGCAUAGUUAGUUGUUUGCAUUGAAAUGCCUUUUGGUUGUGAUUUCAGGUAGGGUAUUUUGGUAAACCAGCAGCUUUGUAUCUGAAAGAAACAAAUCAUAACCUAAAAUUUUUGAAUACUAUAACCCGACUACGUAUAUUUUAUACUCGUAGCCUAUGUCACUCGGGCCAUCAUUACGAAUCCCAAUGGAUCAAUAUACCUCAAUUAUUAAGUCCACUCAACGAUAAGGCGCUAGGGUGGAAAAUUACUACAUACAUACAUAGACUUCCGUAGUCCGGUUAAAAUUUAAACUCGAUUUACUUAAAAAAACAAUAAAACCUAAAAAACAAUACAAACCCAUCUUUAUAGAUAUCGUUAUCUUUUCUCUAAGUCAUUCAAUAUUUUUUAAAUUGCGCACGCUUGUAUUACACCAUCCCAAGCCAAAAAUAGGUGCAUUUCUAGUAACCAUUUAACAUACCUUUUUUCACGUGCUACUUCUCAAAUUGUACUAAUUAUCCAUUAUUUAACACUAAAAACACAAUAUUAACGUACGUUAUUCUCCGCAAUCACAACAGAAAUCGCCAUAUUGCGAAUGAAUGAAUGAAGUGCUCUGAUUGGUCACUUUGAUUUUAGGGCCUUUUGAAAGUGAAACAUAUCGUUAUAGCGGUUUUUGCAACUAAACACGAAUUAGCUUUUGUAAAUUGGUACGGUUAUAGUGGGAUUUGCUAGGAAGUUUUCUUUUUAUUUCAAAGAGAAUUUAAAAUACUAGCCGUUGAUUUAAAAAAGCCAAUCUAUUCAAAAUGUUGUUUUAGGGGGUUUUGCAACUAUACGCCUCAAUUGUCCUCACCAAGUAGCUUUUUCUUUAUUAGCAGCAAGCUGGGGUUAAUUAUUUUAACACUAAGAAUACCUGCAUAAAGAUACAUUAAAAUAACAAUUUUAACCUCAGAUGUUCCUAUUAUUUAUAAGAAACAAAUUAAAUUCUUUGGCAUUAUCUACCUCCUUUUUUUCAUUCCCAUAACACUGGCAAUGAUGCUGAUUGUGUUUUUACACAGAUGUCCAGAAGUAACCUUAAAUCUUUUUAGUGUCUCCAGUUAGUGAGUCUAUAAAUGUUUCUGAUCUGAGCCUUAGCAUUUUGCUUAUAUCACCCCUGAACUCGUUCAUAAAAUAUAGAUAAAUAGUGCUGUUAAACUUGGGUAUAUUUGUCCUGUCCUUGCUUGCACAAUAUUUGUCCUGUGUCAUUUGCUUUAUUAUAAAAAGCAAGCCAGAACACUAGGAAUAGUAUGACUGUAUGAAGUUUGAUAUAUAAUUAAUAGUCCCUUGUUUUACUGCCUUACUUACUCGACCUUAUUUAUUACAUUACAGUCCGGCUGAAGAAAAAAUUCUUUCGGAAUCUACACUGGUAGGUCAUAUUAUUAGGAGGUGGUCAUAAGUUGUGCAUAAAUAACGACUCAUUCUUAAACAGAGCUGUCUCUAAUCGAAUAUAUGUUUUGAGAGAGUUGACAGAACAAGUUUCUCCCAAAUGUUGUGGAGUUCCACGUUCCUUUCGUUAGAUUACUUCUUGUUGAUGUCUAUUGCUCUUUUUGUUCAAAAUUCUCAUUGAUGAUACUUUUUAAAUGAAUGGAAUGGAUUUGUUUCACCUUUAUUUCUAUGUUAUCUUUUGUACAACACAGUUUUAUUUCCCAAAUGUACAGGGAAAUCCCUUGACAUAAAUGCAUAUUUGUAUUUAUUAUUCUUUAAUUCUUCUUCAAUAUUGUAACUAUUUGUAAUAACUAGUAUUUACUAUUUUCGUUUCUAUUUUGAUGGUCUUGUUACCAAUGUGUAUUGGAUAGUCUUGUUGAACCUGUUGUAAAUAUUUGAGUUAAUAGUAUCUUCUAGUCUCAUUGCACUCAUCACACUCUUUAUUGCAUACUUUUCUUUUUGUAAUCCAUCAAGCAAUGGUUUUUAUCUUUAAUUAAAAAAUAUCAGUGUGUAAAUUAUUAGUCGUUAUAGAAGAAUCAGUCACUCAAUAAUGUAUUAAGUUAUUGACAGUCUAAAAACAAUGGAAAAGAAAAUAUAAAAUGUACUCUUUACUUUUAAUUUUUAAAGUAAAGGAAACACUCCUUAACCCCAACUGAAACAGAAAGGUGGUAUAAUGUGUGUAUCUUUGUGUCUCUCUGGUGCUUCAGCUGUUUGGGUCAGCUGAACUGCUUGUGUUUUUGUUUACUUGGAGAGUGUUCUUAAGGCUGAUGUAGAAAAUUGGUUAAGCCAUUUAAAGAUGCUACAGCAUAAGCUGGUAUUUGCAGGAUACUCUUAUUUAGUAACAAGUGGGCUCAUUGAAUUGGUCUUAUUAAAAAGCUAUAGAUAGUGGGUGAGUAGGAAUUGGUGAUGGAAUUAGAAAGAUAAGCAAGAACAGGUUUGUCUCAGGAGUUGGAAACAAAAACAACAAUAAUUGAUUCUUACUGUCAAAAAUCUGGUUAUGAAUUUAAAUUGGAAGGAGAUAAAAUCACAAAAAGACUGAUUUUCCCAACAUACUAAUAUUAUAGAAGUUUGCAAGGUGGUUUUUAACAACUUCAUUAUGUGGCAGCUGUCUAAUACAGCGGCAACGGGUGUUUGUGUGACAGGAUUUUUUAACUGUUGCCCCCAUUUUCAAAAUGACAGCCUAGUUUACUUGCCAUACUUAAGUGUGUGCUAUGUGAUGGUUGUGUUGCAAAUUUAAGUUUCAUCACCAUCGAAAGUUGCGAUACAUUGCGGAUGCCUGAAUCGUGAAGUAGUUCCAGACAUUGCUUCAGUUCAACACGUUGUAAGCCUGUCACGAAUGAAUUCUUAAAAUUACAAUUUAUAGCAGAUACUAAAAAUACACAUGUUUCUCUGGCAUCUUCCAAGUAAUCUCCUUCUAACCCAGUAUCUAUAUCGACGUAGCCGUGCAAUAUUUGUUCAACCUUCUCUACGCGCAUUCGUAUAGCCAUUUCAUCGAUCAUUAGAGCACCAAUGAUGGGGUAUUUUGUAGUCUUUAGACUUUAAGUUUGAAUGCUUCAUAUACUUCUUUAGUAAGACCUGGUUCACUACCAAGUUUUUUAAGUGUCCGUGAAUGAGGCAGGUGUUAAAGGUAGUUCUUACAUAUUCGUAUGCAAAAGUUCGUAAGGCCGGUGAAUAUUUCUGUUUACAUACUGUUCCAGUCAUUUCAUUUAAAUCUUUUCUCACUAUUAAUUCGUUUAUCUGAGGAACAUUAUUGUUAGUAAUCCUGAAUUGAAUAAUUUUGACAAGGUUUAAGCCUUUAAUGGCCUAUUGAGUAAGACACUCAGCUGUUUUAAAAUCAAAUGAUGAAAACAAAACUUCACUGCAGAUGGUACAGGAUGUGAGAUAUUUAGGUGCGGAAUGUCAGAGACAAGAUUUCUGGUUUUGUUAUUGUGUCCACAAUUUGACAACCCAGAUGAUCGUAAAGAGAGAAUAGUCUAAUAAGUUGGCUGCCGUAUCUCUUAUUUUCAAUAAGUUUGUGAUCACCACAUCAUCAGCUUGCCUCAACAGCAGCACAGCAAACACUUUUCACCUUUAUAUUUAAUUUUGAUUAAAUUUGCUUAUUUUGAAACAGAAGGAACAGAGGAAGAACACAAGAAGCAAUAAUAUCUUUUCCGUAAAAGAGUAUUUUGUGGACGCUAAGGGCUCCCGCACACGGGCCACCGGCCACAACCACAAAACGCCGCCACUGGCAUAUUUCCUGUAAUUUUCAUACAUUUUAUAUGGACUCGCCGCACACGGUUGGCGCCGGUGGCGGCCACACGCUACAAAUCGUCGCAGCUUGCAUCUUGUGGCUCGCACCGGCCACUAAACGCCGACACAAAAAGCCGCCACACGCCACUCGCGCGAUUCCGCGCCCCUCUCUCCCUUGCCUCAGUUAACCUGUGUAAGUCGACGGUAACGCACGCACGUAGUCUGUAGUUCAUAUAUGUAGAUAAAUAUGGAUAUAGAAUUAUUUAUAUCAGAGAUACAAUCCCGUCCUGCGAUUUGGGAUUCAAAAAGUGAUAGUUAUAGUAAUAGAGGAGAAAAAGUGAAGGCCUGGGAAGAAAUCUGCGAAUUGUUUGUGGGAGAUUUUUCGAAUAAAACUGCCAAAGAAAAGAACAUUGAAGUAACUAAAUUACAGAGGAAGUGGAAGAGUCUUCGUGACAGUUUUAAUAGAGAAAAUGCAAAAAACAAGAACGUUGCGAGUGGUUCGGCAGCAACAAGCAGUAAACAGUACAUUUAUUUCAAUCAUCUAUCGUUCUUGAAUUCCUUAAAAGAAGUGAGACCGCCUACCGAUGUUACUAAUGCAACUAAUGAUGCGGAAACAUCUCGCCCGAAAAUAAACAGAAACAUUAAUAUAAAAAGGGCCGAAAAAUCAGAAAAUGAAAUUCUCAGAACACUUUCGGAAAAUUUAAAACGUAAACAUGAUCAAAUAAGCGACCAAAAUGACCCCGAUAAGCAAUUUCUGAUGUCGCUGCUUCCACAUGUAAAAAAAAUUGACGAAAAUUGUAAACUUGAUUUUCAAUCAGAAAUAUUACAGUUAAUUAGAAAGUACACUCAUAAUCAAAAUUAUGAAACCUAUUCGGCACAAUAUUAUGGUUAUUCUUCAGGAAAUGCCAACAUACACAAAAAGACACAAAAAGCUUCUACAUCUGCCCAGCCUUCUCCACUUCAUUCACAUUAUUCCGACAAGUCUAUGCUUGACAUGUCAUACUCUACAGAAAACGCUUCUACAUCUAUCCCGUCUUCACCUAUAAUUCAGCCUUCUCCAACUCAUUCAUAUUAUUCUGACCAGUCUAUGGACAACAGUUCUGUUAUCGAAGACAUGUUCCGUGAUGAUGACGAGUGAUAUCAAAUUAUAAUAAACACACAAUAACUAAAUACAAAUACCUACGUGUUUUAUUUGUUAACUAGCUAUUCUCUAGUAGAAAAAACAAUGCAUAGUGAUUAUAAAUAAAGUAUAGAUUAUUUUAUCAUAGUGUUCUGUGGAGUUUUAUGCUAGUGAUUAUUUCCACUUACCUUAAUGUG